UUAACCUGAAGGAUCUGUGUGCCUCUCAGGUCGUCUGUAUGGAGCUGAUGACUUCCUGCCCAUGCUGACCUACGUGUUGGCCCAGUGCGACAUGCCCCAGCUGAACAAUGAGAUCCUCUACAUGAUGGAGCUGCUGGACCCCUCUCUGCUUCAUGGAGAAGGUGGCUACUACUUGACCAGCGCAUAUGGAGCCAUGUCCCUGAUUCAAAACUUCCAGGAGGAGCAGGCGGCCAGAGUGCUGAGCUCUGAAACCAGGAACACGCUCCACCAGUGGCACCGCCGGCGCACCACCCAGCGCUUUGCUCCGUCCAUCGAUGACUUCCAGAACUACCUGCGGGUGGCGCUGCAGGAGCUGGACAGCGGCUGCACCGCCAAGACACUCCAGGUCCGACCGUACGCCUCCGUGGACGAGGUGUGCCGUCUGUGUGCCCAGAAGUUCAAAGUGUCGGACCCCCAGAACUACGGCCUGUUCCUGGUGAUGGAGGGCAGCAGCCAGCAGCUGGCGCCGGACACCCACCCUCAGAAGAUCAAGGCGGAGCUCCACAGCCGCUCGCAGGCCACGCCGUUCCACUUCGUCUUCCGCCGAGUGGCUCCGUCUGCAGCUACCCUCGAUCUCACACCCAACCUCAACAACCUCACUGGGACUCCUGAACCCCUGGACAACCUGCGUGCCCUCAGCAGAGACCUGUCCCCCCCCUCCCCCAAGCCCACUCUCAGCUCAGGCCUCAGUCCUACUCUGAGCCUCAGCCUGCCCACCACCAAUGGCAACUCUAUUUCUGUAUGACUGUAACAGGGGGCUGGUGGACAGUUGGCCAUGGCUUUCUCUCCCAGUAUUGACAGUAUGUCCUUUUAUCUCUAACAAACAAAGGGCAAACGAUGCGUCUUUACAAAGCCUUACUUCUCCAUUUGGAUUUGACCUCAAUUUGGGUCUCUCAGACAGACGAGGGUGAAAGAGGAAAAGGACAGGAGGGAAGGAAACGAGAGGAAAGGACGUUUAUACAACUUAAAUGGUUCUCUGUUUGGCCUCAGAGCAACACUUUACUGAACACUGCCCUCAAAGUCUUAACCAUUAAGGUAAGAUGUUUAAGAUAAGUGUGUUAAAGACGACAUGAACACUUACAUGUGUUCACAGCAGCUCUUCAUAUUCAGGGUCAGCUGUUCUUGUUGUUACCUGUAAGGUCUAUAGAGGGAAAUCAGAUCCCCAAUACAUGAGGGGACUAUUCUUUGAUCAAUCAUUUUCAAUUGUUUGUUUAGUAAAUAGGUUUUAAUAUGA